AUUGGCGGAACCGAGAGGUCGACUUCCGCCCCAAGCUCCGCAGCGGCUGUGGCGUGAGUUUGUGGCUGCUCGGCCUGGCCGCGGAACGCGGCGGGGGACAUGCAGGACGGGCUUGGCCGCACAGGGGCACUCCAGGCGCCCGAGGUCCGCUUUGCCCUUUUCCACUUCAGUCGAGCAUGUUCUUCAGAGCCCAGCUGAGGCGAAUUCUGCAGCGAGUGCCCGGGAAGCAGCGACUCGGCAUCUACAGGUUCCUGCCCUUUUUUUUUGUCCUGGGAGGAACAAUGGAGUGGAUCAUGAUUAAAGUGCGUGUGGGCCAGGAGACUUUCUAUGAUGUCUACCGUAGAAAAGCCUCAGAAAGACAGUAUCAGAGAAGGCUGGAAGAAGCAUCAGAGACUGAACUUCAGCAGCCAAUAAAGUGAAUAUAUGAAUUUUCA